CUGAAUCUGAUGUUGUCGAAUUUUGGAAAAAACUUCUUGAUGCAAGAAUAAUGUUCCCGAUACCACAAAAUAUGGAAGAAGCUGAAUUAAAUGAUCUGGAAUCUUACUCUAUGAUUGAAAAUAAUUAUGUCUGCCUAAUACUAAAUAAGGGUGUGAUUACUGAUUCAUAUGGCAUGCUAUACAACAAUGGAGAGAGAACGGAUGUGAAAUUGCCAUCAAAACUAAUACUAAUGAAUGACUUUGGAGGAAUGCUGUGCUUACCAGAUGGUGUGUUCUUUCUGGGAGAUGGUAUAAUGGAUUAA